AUGGAAUAUCCAAACCAAGAUGGAGCUGGUGGACGAUCAACACCCCGUUCUCCAGGUCGCUCAAACAACGCACAUAACACCACGACAGAAGGCGGCAGGCAGAGGAGCAUCGAAGGAGACAACUCGGCGGAAACAUUAUCUCACGCCGCAGCAAAGCGCAAGAGACUUCAAGAGCGAUACCAAGCCCGAAAGCGUGGCCGCACACCUCCAUCUGUUUUCUCCCGACGGAAUCGCUCCCGUAGCCCCAAUGGCGCCGCACCACGCGAAGACCGUCGAUCUCGAUCACCCCUACAGCCACGCUCCCCUUCGCCCGAUGCACCGCGCCAACGCAAGCGACCCGGUGGUGGCGCACGACAGGGAAUUGCAGACCGCGAAACAUUGAGACGCAGACAGGAAGAACGUGAACGUGCAGAGCAGGAAGAUGCCAUGCGCAACUCUCAGCAGCGCGGAAACACGGACGUCGUUCGCCAGCAUUACAACGCGGUUCCCGAGAGAGGACGCGAAUGGCGUAAGACAGAGAGCAAAAUUAAGGGUCUAAGGAGCUUCAACAACUGGGUGAAGAGUACUUUGAUUCAAAAGUUCUCUCCGGACGAGUCGUUUGCCACGCGAUUCGAUGACACCAAGGACUGGGCGGAUGACAGCCAAGGUCCACCUCCUGCUGCUGAUCACAAGCUCCUGGUGCUAGAUUUGGGAUGCGGUAAAGGUGGUGAUCUGGGUAAGUGGCAGUUAGCUCCUCAGCCGGUUGACCUCUAUGUUGGCCUCGACCCUGCCAAUAUCUCUGUUGAGCAGGCCCAGGGCCGGUACGACCAAAUGCGCUCGGGCCGUGGCCAGAGAGGCCGUCGGCCACCCCAGCCUAUUUUCCAUGCCGAGUUCUACCCGAAAGAUUGCUUCGGCGAAUGGUUGGGUGACGUCAGCAUCGUCCAACAGGUUGGCAUCGACGCUAAUGUUGGACCCGGUGGGUCGAUUAUGGCCUCUCGCUAUGGAGGUGGAGGAUUUGAUGUCGUCACCUCGAUGUUCGCCAUUCAUUAUGCCUUUGAAACUGAAGAGAAAACCCGCCAGAUGCUCCGCAAUGUUGCAGGCUGUUUGAAGAAAGGCGGCCGUUUCAUUGGUGUGUGUCCCAACUCAGAUGUCAUUAGCAGUCGCGUGUCUGCAUUCCACAAGGAGCGCAAGGAACGUGAGGCCGCCAAACCUGCCGAGCCAGAGGGGCCUGAGGACGGAGAGGUCGAGGAGGAUGAACGCGCCCAGUGGGGUAACGACAUCUACCGAGUUCAGUUCCCGGGGGCGACCCCUGAGGAUGGAGUCUUCCGACCUCCUUUCGGGUGGAAGUAUAGUUACUUUAUGAAGGAGGCCGUUGAGGAGGUUCCUGAAUACGUUGUCCCUUGGGAGGCUUUCCGAGCUCUCACCGAGGACUACAACUUGGAACUCCAGUACCGCAAGCCAUUCUUAGACAUCUGGGAGGAUGAGAACAACCACCCAGAGCUAGGCCCACUCAGCGAGAGGAUGGGUGUACGAGACCGCGUGACUGGUGCUUUGACAAUGACGGAGGAAGAAAAGGAAGCCGUCAGCUUCUACCAUGCUUUCUGCUUCUACAAGGUCUAA